GCUCCUCUCUAGCCGGCACGCUGUUUACACUUCCAACUUUUUUUUUCUUUUUGUCUUGACACUUUUGAAUAUUGAAUUAAUAAUGUUCCCACAGCGCAGUUCCCAGGUUUACCGCACGCCACAAACCCAUCAGCCGCCGCCGCCUAUGGAACUAGCAGAAAACUAUGAGUACCCGAAUCUCAAUGUGGCUGAUCUGAAUGCGCGCCUAGAAAAUCUUUCUCCUCGCCUGCACGACUGCUGGGACAGUAUUGCAAUCAAUGAAGAAAAACACAUCGCCCUGGCCACCAACAGGCGCGAAGGCAGGCACUGGUGGGGCAUGUUCUUUGGCUUUGAACGCAGUAAGGUGAACCACAUGUCUGUUGCCAAUGCGGACUACAAGCUUCAAGCUGAGCACACGGUUAACAUUUUGCGGUACGCCGAGAACAAUGUCUUGCUGGUCGCCCUUGGGGACACACGCCUCCAGGCUUGGUCCACUUACUCAAGAGUUCGCAACCCAAAGCAGCCAUACUGCCUCUUCCUGGUGGGCGAGGCCUCUGUCCAUCCAUCUCCCAUUAGCCAACUAAGUGUCUUCAAAGCCAAUCAACAAAGAGCUGUCUCUGCGUCUUCGGAUGGAACUCUGAAUGUCUGGGAUCUAUCUUCUGCUGAUCUGAGUAGCUGCUUCCACACGCGUAGCUCCCACCUAGAUAAGCUAACUGGACUGAUGACGCCCUCUGCCUCGGCCGAACAAUUUGUAACCUGUGAUCGCGGCGGUUGUGUCCGUCUCUGGGACAUUCGGUCAGCAGCUCCGUCGUCAUCGUGCCUCUUUGAUGAUGACUCGCAUCUUUUAAGCUUCACUUGCGGCGCCUGGGCAGCUUCAACGGAGCUUCAGGGUGACAACAACGUUUACCUCGGCGACUUUGACGGUAAAGUUCACACUGUGGAUAUUCGCGUUCCACGGAAACUGGCGGAAACUUGUGAAUAUUUUGACAACGGACACGUCUCGCAGCUACUUAUAAACGGGCCCCAUUUGGCUGCUAUGAGCAAUCUUCCUGCCGCCGUAAAAGUAAGCAAUGUGACUUCGGGCCACAAGGUCAUUUAUAACCACAAGGACACCCAUUCCCGUCUUACGGAUGCCAUUUGGACAGAUGAAAAGACGCUUCUAACCAUCGGACAUGGACGGAAACUAGUAACCCAUUCUUUAAAAUAAUUACCCUCAUGCCUUAAGAUUUAAUUUGACGAUGUAAAAUAUGGUUUGUUACAAUUAACGAUUUGCCUGACUGAGGUGUUAUAUUCUUUUAAAAAUGUAACACCAUUUUUUUUUUGUAUAAUUCUACAUAGACGAUUAUCAGGAUGACUUACCGAAAUAGGUAUAUCUACUUAAUAUACAAUACAAACAAGUCAAA